GCACUAAAGCCGAGCUAAUAGCUCGCCUGGAGGACUUUUGGAAUGGACCUGAAAGGGACUCGGGUACAAAAAAGUUAGACAAAGGAAAAGCAGUGGACCCAAACUCGAACGAUGGUUAUAGCGAAAGGCCCCUGCUUCCAGAAGAUUCUGAUGGACAAAAUUACACCUUUUUGUCGUAUAUGGAAAAUAGGCUGGAACAAAAAAUUGACGAAAAUAUUACUGAAUCAAGCUUUCCCGCAAAGAAAUUCAAAAAGUCACGGGACCAGCAUGAAUACGAUGUAAUUCGAGACGCCGGAACGCUUUUGCAAAAAGCAAUCCAGGAAAAUUCGAAGGAAAAAGCGGCGGAGGGUUGUGGAAGAAGAAGGCUGGACGUGGUAGCAAAAAUCCCUAAACCAAUGCCUAGUAAAGGUGAUGAAUUUAAGGAAUUGCUAGUUGAAGCCAGAAAACAGGCCAAACCAUACGAAGGACGCCCCACGUCUUAUAGCAGGAGAUCUUGGAAAA